AUAUCAGAAUAAAUUUCUCUGAUUUUUUCGCCGUUUUUUCCAUGAGUUUUGUUAUUAUCGGGAUAACAUAGACAUCAACAGAGCAAAUUACUUAGAUGUUUUUCCUAAACUUGAGAACUCAGGUCGAGCAAAUCCUUGACCUCUUGUGCAUUAUCUCUGAAUUUUGUUGAUCGGGUAAAUAUCACUCGAACACGUUCCACAGCUCAGUUUGUCUCUACCAAGAGUGCAGCGAUGAAGACCUCCCUCAUCAUUUUGUCUUUCAUCGGCAUAGUUUUAGCAAACGAUGAAGACGAUUUCACAAAAGCAAACAACAAAUUUGCUUCAACCGUCUAUAGUGAAAUCGCCAAAAACAAAAAAGAAAACUUCUUGGUAAGUCCAUUCUCGGCGGAAACCAUUUUGGCUUUAACGCACGCAGGGGCUAAAGGUCCAACCGCCCAAGAGCUACAAAACGCCAUACAUCUUCCAGGAGACAACAAAAAAAUUGAAGAAGGAGCUAAAACCUUGCUUCCAUCUUUACAAACACACGAUCCUUACACUCUUAAAACCGCUAACAAGAUGUACAUAAAAAACAACUUCGAGAUAAAACCCGAUUUCAAACAAGUUGCAACUGAAGCUUUCUUCGCCGACAGUGAAAGCAUCGACUUUGUUGAAAAUGUCAAGGCUGCUGAAACCAUGAACACCUGGGUGGAGAAGCAAACCGAGAACAGAAUCCAGAAUUUGAUAAGUCCCGACGUUGUGAAUAACGAAACAAGACUCGUUUUGAUAAACGCGCUGUAUUUUAAAGCCAACUGGUCAUCGCGUUUUCAUCUUUCAUACACUAAAAAGAUCGAUUUUUACAAGAGUGCUGCAGAUGUGGUCAAAGUAGACGCGAUGACUAAUAAACACGGACAAAGAUUUCUCUUUUUUGAUUGUCAUCAUCUCAACGCCAAGUUUCUAGAAUUACCGUUUAAAGGUGAGGAAGCUUCGAUGACCUUUAUUUUGCCAAAUGACAAAGACGGUUUGCCACGACUCGAGAGUGAUUUGGAGAGAGCUUUAGUCCCACAUAAUCUGACACGUGAAAGGCUGACAGUGCAAUUACCCAAAUUUAAAAUCGAAAGCAAAAUUGACUUGAAGAAGAUGCUGAAAAACCUAGGAGUAGUGACAGUAUUUACAGAUUUUCAAGCCGAUCUUAGUGGUAUUGCGGGUGAGCCCGGUGACUUAGUUGUCAAUGAGGUGGUCCAGAAGAGUUUUAUCGAUGUCAAUGAAGAAGGAGUGGAAGCAGCAGCUGCCACGUUUGCUCUUGUUGCUGUACCCAUGAUGGGCUUCUCCAACAAACCCAAAGAAUUUUUAGCUGAUCACCCUUUCAUUUUCUACAUUAGGGUUAAAGGAGUGAUCAUAUUCGUCGGACGGGUUAUUGAUCCUUCCAACUAACUAUGCAACAAAAUAUGUUCACUCAAUUGAAUAAAAAUUGUAUAUAAA